AUGAAUGCAGAUGUUACUGAAGGAGCUCGGUCACAAACAAGAGAAGGAGUCACUUGUGGUUCUUGUCACCAGCGAGUGAAGUCCUUGAAUCUUUCCAACAUGACUCUUACAGGCAGGAUUCCCCGUGAUUUUGGAAAUCUCACAUUUCUUGUUUCUCUUGACUUGGGGAGUAACAAUUUGCAUGGCAGGAUUCCCCGUGAUUUUGGAAGCAUCACAUUUCUUGUUUCUCUUGACUUGAGAAGCAACAAUUUCCAUGGAAAUUUGCCUCAAGAAAUGGCACGCUUGCGUCGGCUUAAGUUUAUUGAUUUAAGUUCAACAACUUUAGAGGACAUCAUGCAGAGACUAAGCAUAAUGAUAGAUGAGGUAUGUGCGUUGGAAUAUCUCCACCAUGGUUGCUUAUUGCCUGUGAUUUACUGUGACCAGAAACCUAGUAACAUCUUGCUAGAUGCGGAUAUGGUUGCCCACCUAAGCGACUUUGGUAUUUCGAAACUGCUUGUUGAAGAUGAGCAUCAUUUAUACACUAAAACCUUAGAAACAUUGGGUUAUAUUGCACCAGAGUAUGCACUGGAUGGAUUGGUGUCAAUAAAAUGUGAUGUCUAUAGUUACGGGAUUAUGUUGUUGGAAACGUUUACUCGUAGAAAGCCUAAUGAGUUUGAGGGAGAUCUUAGGUUGAAGCAAUGGGUGAGUUAUUCACUUCCAGAGGCAGUAAUGGACGUUGUAGAUGCCAACUUGGUAACACCAACAGAUAAACGCUUACAGAAGAAGCUAGAUGUUGUGGCAUCAAUCAUGAAAGUGGCAUUAGAUUGUUGUGCUGAAUCUCCGGCAAGAAGGACAAACAUGAAAGAUGUUGUAGGAUGCUACAGAAAGCCAAUAUUCAACUUGUUGAACGUUGAGCAUCAGAGCAUGUUCUCGGAAUCUCUUGUUUCAAAUCACUUAUAUGUUGCUAAUAUUUGCUAA